UAGUUUUUGUCAAGUAAAUUCAAUGUGAAUCAAAUAAUCCCCCUUUCUUCACAAAAUAACGAGACUCACAGUUGAACAGUAUUGACAGUGCUAUAAUCGAGAAGAAGAAGAAGAAUUGGGGAAAAUGGCGAUGGAGAGAGGUGAGCUGAUUUACAAAAUUUACAGAGCCCUAACCUAUGGAUUAUCGCCGCUGAUUCAGCUGCACCUGCGGUGGCGCAAAUUCCGUGGCCUGGAACAUCCUCUCCGCUGGCGCGAGCGUCUCGGAGUCCCUUCUCUUUCUCGGCCCCCUGGCCCUCUCUUCUGGUUCCACGCUGUCUCCCUUGGUGAAGGAAUGUGUGCGAUUCCUGUGAUUAAAUGCUGCAUAGAGAGGAGGCCUGAUGUAACUGUCUUGAUGACCACAACCACCACAUCAGCAUUUGAGGUAAUAAAGCACCAGCUUCCAAAUAAUGUCCUUUAUCAGUUUUCUCCAGUUGACACUCCUGGCGCCAUUGAUGCUUUCCUUUGUUACUGGAAGCCAAGUGCAAUCAUGUUAAUGGAAAGUGAACUUUGGCCAAACCUGAUUAUAGGUGCUGCAAAAAAUCAGAUUGCACUUGCAUUGCUUAAUGCUCGAAUAUCUGCAAAAUCUUAUGACAGUUGGUCUCAGCCAUUUGUUAAUUCUCUGACAUUAUUAAUGCUCUCCAAAUUCUUGCUGAUUCUUCCACUGAGUACUACCCAGGCAAUUCGCUUUCAACUGCUGCAGUGUCCACCUUUCAUCAUAAAUUUUUGUGGUGACCUAAAGUAUGCUGUAGGGAACAUUGACACAAAUGAAGGGGAUCAAAGAGCGCUGGAAGAGUUGCAGGUACAGCUUAUGAACAGAAAGAUUUGGAUGGCAUCUUCUAUUCAUAAGGGUGAAGAAAAAGUCAUGUUAGGAGUACACAGCGCUUUAAAGCAAGUACAUCCGGAUAUCAUCACCAUCAUUGUGCCUCGGCAUCCUCAGCAUGGAAAACAAAUUGCUUUGGAAUUGGAGAAAGAUGGAGUAAGGGUAGCAUUACGGUCUCGUCACGAUAAGAUAAUGCCAGGGACAAACAUAUACGUGGUUGACACAUUAGGUGAAUUACAAAAGUUUUACAGACUAACACCAAUUGCUGUGAUUGGAGGUUCAUUUCUACCAGGUUCAGCUGGUCAUAAUAUUUCAGAAGCCGCUGCAGCAGGCUGUGCUAUUUUAACAGGUCCUUAUAUCGGUCAUUUCUCUCAUAUGGCAACACAGAUGCAACGCUUGAAUCCUCUGUCAGUAUUACAGGUUUCUGGAUAUAUUCUUGUUGAAGCUCUCAGCAACCUUCUUAGUGAUGCAAAACUUUUGGAAGAACGCCAAGAAGCUGCUAAGCAAGCUUAUCAUUCUCUGUCUUGUGGGAUCACUGAAAAUGUUUGGAGCUUUUUAGACUUCCACAUUUUUCGGGUUGCACUGGCAAACAAAGAUUGUCCUUAGUGAGAUUUGCCUCCCAAGAUGGUUUAGGAGUAUAGAGCAGCCUAAGAGGACAAGGAUUUUUCAAGGGAGACCUCGAAUGGAAGUGGUAUCAUAAGGUAUCAGUCCAGUGACAACAAUGCUUGAUUUGCUCGAGGUGAUGUUACUGCUGCAAUACUAACUGUUAAGGCAUGUAAGAGGAAUAGCUGCAAUCUCCUGAGUGAGAUUGCUCAAAGAUUGAAAUGAAGAACUUGAUAAUCUGAAUGGAGUGCAUUUGCGCUUUUGUUGAUUGGACGCGAUUCUUUGAAAUCUCUGGACCGAUUUGCUGACUAAAGUUAUUUACAUCUUGCAUGGCUUAUUGGCUUAUUCUCUAGCUGCGUCAAGCAACUUUCUGAGCUUCGCGAUGGUUUCAGCUUCUAUUGGGAUCCAUCUAUACAUCUUUAAUCAGAAAUCUAUUCUGGAAUCACUGCCUCGAAUGCUGACUGUUGUUGCUGUGGUAACAGGUAAAUCCAGUCAUAAUAUUCAUCGUAGAGGCGACCUAGGUGAAAGUUUUCCAGAAAUUUGUUCAGUUCACAAUUUGUUACGGUUAUGGCGAACUAUGGCUGGGAAAUGAACAAUGACAACAUUGACUAAUGCUGAGAAGUAUACAGUGUUCGACAUACAAAAUGCAGAUUAAAUUUAACUAGAACAACUGUGUUUUUUUGGGGUAUAAUCCUGGUAUUGGGGCCAAUUUGUGUGCAUCACUACUAAUUCACGAGUACUUACUAUCUUCCACCAGAGCAGUUGUUUCUUUUUUAAUGUCGUUACUUAUUAUUUUGCUUGUGGAAAUGUUUAUCCCUUUGAGAA